AACAAGUAGUUUCCUCUUUAAUUUUACCGAUAUUAAUAAUAAAUCACAAAAUAUAUCUGCGAAAUUUCUUUGUUGUAGCAUAAACUGAAAACAUUUGUAACCAUAGUCUAUCAAAAAUUAUAGUUUUGCGUAUGUUACUUUACUAUGUCCAGUGUUUUAUUUGCACAGGCGAUUAGGCCUGUGAGUGACUGAAAGCACUAUAAAAAGCUCGACAUGAACUUGUUUUAUGCAUUUAUUUGUUGUCCUAAGUGCUUCAAACAAUAUUUCAAUGGAAAAAUUCGACUGGAGAUGUCCGAUCCGAAUAAACCUCCUUCUACUAAGAUCUGUCGGGUUGUGGCCCCGAGGAUACGGAGUUUACAAACGCAACUAUUACCUCUUCUAUUCCAUAUUCACGACAAUUACAAUCGUCGGCGGCCACAAUUUAUCGCAAGUCAUAAACAUUUUCUACGUUUAUUCGGACUUGGAGGCUUUGACGGGUACCAUAUUUGUGGCAACAACCAACAUCCUGGCCCUCGUUAAGAGAUACGUUUUCGUACGCAACCUACCCCUGAUAAAGGAGAUUCUGCAGACUUUGAACACUUACCAGUUUCACCCCAAAACUCGGCAACAGCUAAAAAUCAUCCAAGCGCCCCUUCGUCGCUGGAAACUGGCCUACCUUUGUUUUUCCAUUAUUGUUUACUUCAAUGUGGCUAUGUGGACGCUUGAACCGCUUUUGGACAAAAUGAUCAAAAAUCGGCGGUUGCCCUUCGAAGCUUGGUAUCCUUUCAACAGCAAGCAAAGCCCCAACUACGAAAUCGCCUACUGCUACCAGUUCAUUUGCAUUUGGAACAUAACUAUCGCUAAUUUGAACUUGGACACUUUGAUUUUCGCCUUCAUGAUGUUCAUUUCGGCCCAAUGUGAGAUUCUUUGUGACGACUUGAGGAGUCUUGACGUCGGUUUUGGGCCAAAAUUGAUACAGUGUAUCAAACACCACAAGGAAAUUUUACGCCUUGCAAAAGUCACUAACAACAUCUUCAAUUUUAUUAUUUUAGGGCAAAUAGCCACGAGCACGGCCGCUCUCGCUUUAACCAUGUUUCAGCUAAGUCUAAUCAACUCGAUAAACACCACCGCUCUCACUCAUUUUGCCUACAUGAUGGGCAUGUUGAGUGAGAUUUUGUUGUACUGUUGGUUCGGUAACGAAAUUGAAGUUAAGAGUUAUUUGAUUCCGAACGCAGCCUACGAGUCACAAUGGAUGCACCAGGACCGAAGUGUUGCGAAAAAUUUGCUUAUUUUGGGCUGUCGUUGUCGCAAACCGAUCAAAAUUACAGCAAUUAAUUUGUUUACGCUCUCUUUACCAACGUUUAUUGCGAUUCUUCGGUCCGCAUGGUCGUAUUUUGCCUUAUUAUCCACAAUUAAUGGCAAAUAAUAAUACUAAAUAACUUGAACUUGUAAAGUUGGGAAAACACAAAAAUAGUAGAGUCAAAAUUGCGGCACUUUUAUGUAAUACUUUAAUUUAUAAAAUUCAAAAAGGAGAAGACCAAUGAAUUUUGUUCAUUUAACGAUUUUAUUGUAAUUUUUUAGUCGCAAGUCAAAUUAGAGACGGGCUUGUUGCAAGAAAACACUCAGUUGGGCUAUAAUAUUUUUCUUCAUUAAAGUUGUUUGUAUUUUUAUUAGAGACUUCUGGUAUGUCUACUUUGUAAUUUACUGUCAUUUCAGACGGAAUAUUUAUAAGGCAGUAAGCCAAGUCCCCUUUUAUUUUAUUCUAAACGAUGUAAAAAACUUAAAAAAAUCCUUAUAAAUCACUUUCAAUCAAGAUAAACAAUACAUGUUCUAAGGGAAAAAUGUCUGGGCCUGUUUUUUCCGAUUUUUUUGAUUUUUUUCCAAAAAUAAUUAAAAAAUUCCUUGUUACUAUUUUAUACAAUAAUAAGCAGGUAUUUGAAUGGCAUAAUUUUGUCUAGUUGAAGUAAAUGUAGCUCGUUAUGUCUUAGUAAAGUAUAAAAAGCCAACUUCAUUAUUUUUCUUUUCAUUCAAGUUUACCUUCAGCCGCACGUUUGUGAAAACUUUUAGGAGAUGUUUCAUAUUUUUUGUGUCGAGUGGAAUAUUGUUCUUAUUUUAUAUUUGUUACAAUUUUUAUUAUUUCUUGUUUCAAAUCAUUUGCUAACACGCAGCUGGAAUUUUUACUUCUGUAACGAGUUAUUAAUUUUUUUUAAAAUUAAGUGUUUUUGUCAAAUUUCUUUGAAUUUUAAUUUAGACGGUUUAGUGCUAGAUCUUACACUUGAAUAUUUUCCUCGAUAAUUUAUAAGUCAGUGAGUUUUGCAUUUUGUUGUUAUUUUAAUUUUAAUUUAUAUUUUUCAGGCUACUCGUAGGUCUAUGUUUAGAUCUUUGCUUACCAAUAAAAUAUUGCUUAUACUCAUGGUUUGAUAAUUUCAUCACAAUUUCCUUAUUUUCAUGAAGCAGUGAAUUCAAGAGCUUAAUAAACUAUCAUAAUGAAAUUA